AUUGGAAUAGUUGGACGAACCGGUUCGGGCAAAUCUUCACUGGUUUUGGCUCUCUUCCGAAUCAUUGAACCGACGGGAGGAGAAAUACGUCUUGAUGGAAUUAAUAUCUCUGAGAUUGGUCUUCACGAUAUUCGAGGAAGAAUUACUCUUAUUCCACAGGAUCCAGUGCUGUUCUCCGGCACCCUUCGCUUCAAUCUAGAUCCAUUCAGCAACUACACUGACGAGGCAAUUUGGGAGGCUUUGUCAACAGCAAAUCUUCGUUCUUUUGUUGAUGAGACAUCAAGUGAGGGCCUUAAUAUGCCAAUUUCCGAAGGAGGUGGCAAUCUCAGUCAAGGUCAACGUCAGCUAAUUUGCCUGGCUCGUGCCUUGCUUCGUCGUUCGAGGAUUCUGGUGUUGGAUGAAGCCACCGCUGCUGUAGAUCCUCACACUGAUCGCCUUAUUCAACAAGCCGUCCGAACAGAAUUCGCUGAUAGCACAGUACUCACAAUUGCCCAUCGUCUCAAUACCAUCCUCGAUUACGACAGAAUUAUGGUGCUCGAUGCUGGUCAAUUGGUUGAAAUUGGAUCACCAUCUGAACUUGCCUCACGUCCAGAUUCAAUCUUCCGUGGAAUGUUGAAGGAGUCAAAUCUACUGAGAACAGUUAUUAGAUCAUCGAAGAGUUAA